AUGUCGGCCGCACAUCUUGCGGAGAAAGACGAUGGCCUCAAGCGCGUGGCAUUGACUCACAGGGAAGAGGCUGUCUCCAGGCUCGAACGCGAAGUGCUUAGGACAGAUCAGACGAUUCAGUCGAUCGAUACCGUCUAUAGUGACUUCAAUUUGGUAGUCUUGUUUAUCUGUAUACUGCUUGGGAUGACAGAUAGUUGGCAUAAUCCAACUAUGCUUGGUCUGAAAUAUCUACACAGUGCCCGGUUAUUGUUUAAAAGAUUGAGCCCAGUGGUCAUAGAUUCCGUUCAAUCGACAAAAGAAAGGAAUUCAAUUCGCUUCAUUGCCGGUAUUAUGGCCUACUGGGAAGCCCUGGUCUCCUUUCUGAAGGAUCAACCGCUCAAUGCCACGUCAUAUCUGUCCUCAUUUGUGGACGAAAGUUAUGACAUUAUUCCGUCCAAUCCCUGGACCGGGGUAUCUACACCUCUAUUCAUAUACCUGGCUCGCGUGGGGGCUCUAGGAAGACAGCGAGAGACGAUGCAAAAGUUGAACCUAUCUAGCCUCGCCUUGGAUGCCGAGGAACGAAUUCAAGCGACUUUGACCAAGAAAGCCCGUGAAAUCGAGAUGGCGCUGCUGGGAUACCGUAUUCCGCCGUUGGAUAAGAUCGAGCAGACUCAUGAUAUACAAACACCCGUGAUCCACCUUCAAAAGACUGCGCAAAUAUUCCGACUCACGGCUCUGCUGGAAGUUUAUCUUUCGUUUCCUGAACUGUUCACGUCAUGUGCUAGAGAGUUCAGUAGCUCUGAAUGCGAUAGUUCCUAUCGCCUUGAAAUUUCACGGCCUUCGAAAAUGCUCUCUCUAGCGACGGGCAUACUAACAAUUAUAUCAACUUUGCCACUGGACUCAGGCACAAAUGUAAUACUCUGCCUUCCUCUUAUAGUGGCCGGUAGUGCUUUACAAUAUUCUUCUCCUGCUUCCACGUCUCAAAAGAUCGGACUAUUUGACGAGCUUGCCAAUAUCCACAAUGAACAAGGUGUACACGAGCAUUGGCGAUCGUUUGUGAGAGAAAGACUGAAAUAUAUCCACCGAUUUGUUGGCUUAGCUUCGGUUUUACGGGCAUUGGAGGUCGUGGAGAGAACCUGGUUCCGGGCCGACGUGCAAAGAAUAGCCGAUAAGCAGGGUAUGAGUGAGUCAUUUGUUCACUGGACAAAUGUUAUGGUUGAUGAACGACUGGAAACUAUAUUCGGAUAA